CCAAAGACAGAAACACCUUAUCAUGUUUUCUAUUUUUACCCUGCCCGUACAUUCUUGGCUGUUCUCCUUCCCCUUAUAUAGCACCCUCACUCUUCCUCUCACUCCUCAGAUCAAACCCUCCUGUUCACUCCCUUCCUUCACAAGCCACCCAUCAUUCAUUAUCAACUUUUAACUUUCAUGACGUAUCAGCAGCUCAAUCCGUUCGACGGCAUGAAUUUGGACUUAGAUUUUGGGUUUGAGUUCGAGGAUUACUUCCCCUCCAUGGUCGCGAGCAUGGGUACGGAAGGGUUCAUAGGUGAGCUUCAGAACGGGUUUCAGUUGCUGAUGGACGUGAACAAGGGUCUGAUCACGUUCGAGAGCUUGAAGAGGAACAGUAUGUUGUUGGGUUUGGAUGUGAGGGACGACGAGCUCCUGUGCAUGUUAAUGGAAGGUGAUUUGGAUGGAGAUGGUGCUCUCAGCCAGAUGGAGUUUUGCAUUCUCAUGUUCAGGUUGAGCCCGGCUCUUAUGAAUGCAGGAUAUGCAUACUAAUUUAUCCGAUCAAUUUUAUCUUCACAGCUACCACUUUUAAUUAAUACUUUUUCCAAUGAAUUUAACUUUGACCAGGAAUAAAUUAACGGUUCAAUUGUUUAGUAUUUCGCACUCAAGUACUGUCUAGUACAUGUAUGUUACAUUUGUUGAUAAUGUUUGUUAACGGGUAUGUGUAACUCUGUUGAUUAUUCUCCUGAUGUACUUGCUUUUUAUUGUCAUGAGUCUUUGGGAAGCCUCGCAAGAUAAGCGAGGUUUAUAAAUUCAA